AUGUCUACUAAAGUUCGCAUCUUGUCAUCCGAUACUCCGCGCUUGAAAUUGCUAGAGCAGCGUGCUGAGCAGGGACGCCAGGAAGUCCUUGAGCUCCGCAAUAAGGUUCAGGAAUUAAGCACUCAAAUAUGGAACCAGUAUCAAAGGAUGUACGAAACAAAUGCCGACUCGAUAUGCCUCGAAUUAGGGAUAGAGAAGCUGAAAUCGGUUAUUGUCGAUGAAACAGCUAUGAAAAUAAAUCUUCGGACCCAAAUUUUGGCCUCUCUGGGCUGUGACCUGGCUGAUGAAGGAUGUAUUGAGGCGAUCACAACAAGCGAAUCAACACGUUUUUGGUCUUUCCUGGAAAGAUCCCGGUCCUCAAACGCCGAAUUGACCAAAGAACCAAGUGUACCAAGUGUACCACGAAAAUCUGUCUGGCUACAGGGGGAACUACCAGAAGGCACAGAAUCUAGCGCAUCACCCAAGUCUCCACCUUGUAUACAGAAGGAAAUAAAUGACGAGGAAUUCAACGCAUUGCCGGAUACCAUCAAUCGCUCACAGGAAGAUAAGGAAUUGAGACAUGCAGACACCACUGAAAUUCCCUUCUUGCCUGCCAGAAGGAUUGGAAGAGGUAGAGCUAAUGACGCUGUUGGCCAUACAAUGUACGGAGCUUCAGAAGAUCGCAGGAAGCUUGUCGGACGCGUCAAUCUUCCAACAGUGCACUCGUUUAUGCGAUCUAGCGUACAAAAUGAAGUGAUUUUUGCUAUGUAG